CAAGAGACAUUUCCUGUUUAUAGCUUCUCAUGUGCUCGUGGGGACGGUUCAUAAAGUUAUAGAGCAUCAAUGCAGUGAUAUUGUGAAGUUGUUCACGUUAAAAUCAUGAAUAUUCUCAAUCGCUCUACGAAACUGGUAUCUUCUGUGUUCAGAAGGAGCGUUUUAAUGGAGCAAACGAUUGUCUUUGGAGGCGUCUGUUCUGUCCCCAAAGCCCGUUGUCUCAGUCUGUGUUUGCCUCGCUGUUUGACGGCAGGUGUUUCCUCUCGUCAGCACAGGUGUCACGACACGCUGGCCAGCCGUCACGUAGAAACACAGAGAUGGUAUUCUGAGACGCGAGCUGAGAACAGUCCUUCAGAGAGGAGCGCUGGCAUGUGUCAGGAGGCAGAGGUCGACAGGGACACCAGUCAAAGAACUCCCGAGACUUUCACUCUUGACGUGCUGGUAUCUCUAAUGCGUCAGGAAAAUGCAGUGGACAUCUGUGUGAUUAAAGUACCAGAGCAGAUCAAAUAUGCACAGUACUUCAUCGUUGUCAGCGGUGUAUCAACAAGACACCUCCGCGCCAUGGCACUCUACGCCAUAAAAGUGUACAAGUUUAUGAAGAAAAAUGGAGCUUCGAAUGUCAAGAUUGAAGGGAAAGAUUCUGAGGACUGGAUGUGUAUUGACUUUGGUAAUAUGAUUGUUCACUUGAUGCUCCCCGAGACCAGAGAAGUGUAUGAACUGGAGAAGCUCUGGACCCUCCGCAUGUUUGAUGAGCAGCUGAAGAGCAUGCCCGUUGAGACGCUACCAGAAGACUUCAUAUCUGAUCUUGAAGUCACAAAGUGAUGAAUCAUAAAAGCUUCACGCACAUCUUUUAUUAUUUCUUUGUGACUUUGGAUGCAUCCUCCCCGAGUGAGUAGAAAUAAAAGAUGCUUUUUGUGUGUGAUUUAAUUGAUUGAACAGCAAUACUCUGAAUCACUUUCCCCUUCAUAUUGAUUAAUAAUAUACGCCUUUCUUUUCACAUUAUUUAACCAUUAGAGGGCAUCAGGUGGUAUUUGUAUCAUAACAGUGUUUAUGUUGACAGAUUUGUUGUUGUUGUGGUGGUUAAAAAUAAAUAAUUAAAAAACC